GUUUUGCAGAAGUGAGAGUGAAACAGUUUCUUCAGCACGGUUCAGCAGGAGGAAAUAUGGAGCUCUCGAUGUGGACGGUAAUAUUUGUGAUGUCUGUGAUUCGUCUGGACUUGGCUGAAGCAAAAUCCAACCCUGUAGUCAUUCAGGACAGCAAAACUAGAUAUUCCCAAAAACUUAACGCUGUAGCUUCGACGCCCAAACCUGAAUUUCCUUACCACACGUUUGAUCAGCAACAGUCGAUCCAACCAGACAAGCAGUACCAACCCCAGAACCAUUUACCGUCAUCCAUACUGCAAAUGCAACCACAAGUCAAUUUGCAGCAACAGCAGCUUCAAGCUCCUGCUCAGCUGAAUCCUCAGUCCCAGCAACAGAUCCUACAACUGAUCCAGAAGGCUCUACUUACAACUCAACAGAGUAAUCAACCUACUGCCAUGAUCAUCAUAGCUCAACCAGCUUACGUUCCUCCAAACGUUGUUUAUGCAGGCCCUUCUGGACAGACCCAGCAGUUAUUGAACUAUUUUCAUGGAAAUCCUCAAGCUAGGUACCAACUCCUCCAGGGCACUUCCCAGCAACAACAGCAACAUCCUCAGCAACAGCCCAUCCAACACUACGUACCACAGAUCUCCACCUCCAACACCUUGGGAAGCUUCCAAAUCGCACAACCGUCACAGCAAUACCAACAGAACUACAACCCCCUCCCCACUCCUCUGCCCCUAACCACUCACAUGUCCCCCGUCCAACCCUCAGGGAACUACCACCAACAAACUCCCCUCCAGCUUUCUCAAAUAUCCCACCUAGCUCAGUUGACUUCCCAGCACUUUUUUCAGCCUUCCCAGCAACAGUACUCCCUUCCCGGUCAGCAGUACGACCUUGAGUCAAGACAAAACGGCCCGGAGCAGAAUGUACCAGUAAGGUCCUUGCCUCCAAUCAUCACAGGGUUCGAGAAUUUCACUCCUGAGCAGCAGUCCAAAAUCAAAGAGCAGCUGAGCGCCCACUUUGGAGCCCCCCUGCAACCCCUACCAACUGGGGAGAGCCAGGAGAAGGAUCCACAAGAAGGAAAGUUUGGACAAUAUCAACAGAAAUACAAUUCCCAAAGACAGAACCAGGACACAGAAAGCCGAUUCCAGGAAUUUGCUUCGAAAUAUCCGACACUGAGCACCAGAUUAAACAUCCAAGAGUUUAUCCCUAGUCAACAACCCAAAAACAAUAGAAAUGAGAGAGGCAGUAGCAUAAUGCGUGUCCCAAAGUCUUCAUAUACCAAUUUGUAAACUGAUUUAUCGAUUGGGUUUCAAAGGGAUUGACCUUUUACUCUUCGAAUAAUAAACUUGAUAUGUGAAGGGAUUGAUUACCAACAUAAUCCUUUUUAUAAGAUAUUGAAGGUUUCAGUCCAAUGAUAGAAAUUAUAGCCUUUUACACUUUACGAAAGACAAUUAUGAAAUCAAUAUCAUUCGUUGGUUCUAUAAGAAAAUAAUUCAUUCAUCAAGAAGUAAUAGCCAAAUGUUUCUAUAUCAAACGAAAACCAAAGUUUCAAAAAUGACUGUGGCGUCACUACCUAUGUGACUUGAUUUCCCUCACUUUCAAACCACUUUCCAAAGCUUAUAUAAUUUUUUUAAGCAAAAAAAGUACAUGAAUGGAAAUGCGACAUAAUUAUUGAAUGAGUACUACUCAGUCAAAUAUCUCUUCAACAAAAUUCCAGAUAUACUCAAUGUCUUUGUUUCGUAAUACGAAAUGCUUCUUUGAAAAUCAGAACUACCCAUAAAAUCGACCUCAACGUGGUUUACUGCACCUUAAUGGAAGUAAAGAUAAUAAAAAAAGGGAAGUAGAAGAAAUUAACCUCAAAAAUAGGUUGGGUUGGCAAUGUCGCACGCACAUUCAUAACAACAGAAAUACAGGAGAAAAACAAAUUUUGCUAUGUUCAUAUCAUAUAUUAGUGAUGUAAGGAUCAUUGGUUUUACUCAAUUUUGAAAAAACUAGUUACUGAUAAAAAAAAUUGAUGUUAAAACCAUGAAGCCUUGACGAAAAAAAAUACUACUUCUUGUCCUAUUGUUUGAUUUGAUAUCGUAGGGAUUCAUUUCGGCUCAAAGUCCUUCGAAUGUUAUAAAUCCUUUUGAGAUUUUUGUAAGUUGUAAAUACUCUGUUAGAUUCGUAAGUUUUUAUACCUGUUAUAGUUUUAGAUUGUUAUUUAUUUAUUAGGUGGUACAAUUAAAUAUUUUUUGUUGAAAUC